GAGUGCGUGGUGUGUGCAUGAGGGACUGAGAGAGCGAGAUAGAGACAGAGAGAGAGAGAGAGAGAGAGAGAGAGAGAGAGAGAGAGAGAGAGAGAGAAACGUGGUCACGGAGAAGCCUAGCAUUUUAGCUAGCUUGCGAGUGUGAAUGAAGCGUUAUACAGGAUCAAAUAUUUAGUAUUAUUUAUUUUUGUAUGUAGUCAAGUCUGCCAGACACUGAGAAGGUACAUCUUUGUAAAAGGUAACUUAACAAACGCUUCCCAACAGGUUCUAUUCGUGCUAAAGUGUUUUAUUGAUCACUUCGAGUUGCAGAGACACGAAUUAAUAAAGGCAGUUUCUGAGUUUGUGGCCAGCAUAGUAUUCAAAAUGUCAACAGGCAGCCAGAAGACCACCAGCAAGGCGAUUCCGACCACCAGACGAGUCACAAUCAACGAUGCGUCCCAUAUGCCUCAUGACUAUUCUACAACGCCCGGAGGGACCCUCUUUAGCACGACUCCUGGAGGCACCAGGAUCAUCUAUGACCGAAAGUUCCUGCUUGACUGUCGCAGCUCCCCAUUGGCCCGUACUCCCCCCUGCUGUCUCCCUAACAUUCCAGGGGUGACCAUUCCCCCCUUGGUCCCAAUCAAUAAUGACAAGGGCAUCCCCAAACUGACUGUCAAUAACAAUAACAGCUCCCCUGCUGACAAGAGCGCAGGAGAGGAUGCCCAAUUUGAAAUGGAUAUCUAACUACAAAAGAGGACCUGCUACAGCAAGGUGACGAAUAUUACUGUGAGGAUAACUGGUCCUUGAGGAUACAUGCAAUAUAGAGUUUUCCUUCCAUGUCAUCUUUUUCAUUAUGUACUGUUCUAAUGGCAUUUUCUUUUUCUGUAUUGACGCUGUCGCUCUAGACACGCACAAGCCAUUACUUUUGGUUCUCAACAUCAGCUUACACUGUUGUGCCUGAAUAAGCCACUGUCUGGGAUGUCAGAUCAGUGUAUCCCAAGCACAUUAAUGCAGGCAAAUCCUGGCCAGCUCUACUUCUGCCUAAAACAUGGGGAACAUCUAUAAACCCCCCAUGUUACAUUGUUUGAUACAGAUUGUUUGUGAAGUUUUGCAUAAUGACCAGAAGGAGAAGCAACAGUACUGUUUGGGUGUUUUCAUAAAAAUGUAUAUGGAGAAAAUCCAGGAGAAAACACAUAACAUAUGGGAGUAAAUUUGACCACUUUUCAUUUGGCAUUAUGUAAUGAUAAAGUCUAAAGAUUUCUGUUUGCCAUGAAGAAUAAUUUUCACCUAAAGUGUCAUUCUAGAGAAUGUAAAUGCCUUUGUUGCUGUGAAGUUCUCUGAACUGCCCUGUAAUUCCUGAAGAGACAUUUAAACAUUGAAAAAAUCAAUAAACACCAGAGAAUAAA